UCGUAUUGCAUCAUACGCCGCAUCGCAUUGUUUACAUCUUGUCAACAUGUGGCGGUCUCUUUCUUCCUUAUCUUGAAUGGAAGUUGGAGUGAAUCUUACGCACAGUGUCGUAUAGAAAUAAGUUAAAGCGGUCUUCUCAAUAUCUAAUCGUCUUUUAAACGAUUUGAAGGUAACAUACGAAGGUUUGGACCAAACACGUGGCGAUUCUAAUUUAAUUUGAAACAAGAUUUUAUUUAAGACAUUUAAUUAUGGAAUUAUCAAACGGUAAUAAACAUAAGGAAGAAGAGACAACAUUGGAUUAUGAUCCCAAUGCAGUUCCGUGGUGGACAUCAUGUCGCUUGGCCCUGGCAGUGCUGGGUUUCUUUGGUUUCCUAAACGUGUACGCACUUCGUAUCAACAUGAGUAUCGCUAUAGUGUGCAUGGUGAACCACACGGCAAUCAAAGGACUGGAAGCAGCAGCCAACACUUCUAGUAACGGGACAAUUAUUUCUGCUUCGGAGGCGAGCAGAUGUGGCCUUCUUACCACUGACGAGUCUGGAAACCUCACUACAACUUCAAAAAAUGCUGAUGGCGAAUUUGUAUGGGAAGAGCAGACUCAGGGUUUCAUCCUAGGCUCUUUCUUCUGGGGCUACCUGCUGACCCAGAUUCCUGGGGGUUGGUUGGCAACGAAGAUUGGCGGGAAGCGUAUCUUCGGUUACAGCAUGCUCCUGGCAACCAUUGCCACCUUCUUGACACCAGUUGGUGCUCAAACCCACUAUGUAUUCCUUAUAGUGCUGAGGGUCAUUGUGGGAAUUGCAUCGGGUGUGUGUUACCCGUCCAUGCACGCCAUCUGGGGCAACUGGGCACCACCUAUGGAGCGGAGUAAACUUGUCUCCUUUACUUAUGCUGGUGCCCAGGUUGGUAACGUGGUCACGUUCCCGUUGGCAGGCAUGCUGUGUAAAUACGGGUUUGCUGGCGGCUGGCCUUCCAUCUUCUAUGUCCUCGGUAUCCUUAGUAUGGUGUGGUUUGUGCUAUGGAUGAUUUUUGUAAGCGAUUCACCGAACCAACAUCGCCGUAUCUCACAUGCAGAGAAGUCCUAUAUUGCCCACUCCCUCAGCAGAACUUCCAAGGAUGAAGAAAAUAAGAGUGUUUCUGUGCCGUGGUGCAACUUUGCGAAGUCGAUGCCAGUGAUGGCAAUUCUGGUAGCUAACAUCACGACUGACUGGGGCCUGUACACACUGCUCACCAAGAUACCCUCGUACAUGAGUGAUGUACUCCAUCUUGAUAUUCAGGCGAACGGCCUGUAUUCUGCAUUGCCGUACCUCGUUCUCUGGUUGACUAUCAACGCGUCUGGUUGGUUGGCAGACUUUCUCCAGUCCAAAGGAUGCAUGUCACUGGUCGUUACACGGAAGUCUUUCACCCUGUUUGGUAUGCUCGUUCCGGCUGUGCUACUGAUAGGACUGGGUUAUGUGGACUGUACCCAACCUAACGUAGCUAUCACCCUUCUGGUUCUCGGCGUGUCCCUGUCUGGGGCCCAGUACAGUGGCUGGGUAGUAAACCAUAUGGACAUUGCCCCUGCGUUUGCUGGUGUGCUCUUCGGCAUCUCCAACUCGAUUGCUGCAGUGACAGGAUUCCUGUCUCCUGUUGUGGCUGGAGUUCUUACUGAGGAAAAGACGAGAGAAAACUGGCAGAAGGUGUUCUAUGUGGCAGCAGGUGUGUACGUAUUUGGCGCAGUGUUCUACGCCAUCUUUGCGUCCGGGACAGUACAGGCAUGGGCAGUCACCAAGGAGACAACGGAACAUGGGGAAGAGGUCAAUGUGGAACUGCUUGACUACAAGGCGACAAAUGGAACGAAAAAGGAUCUUGAAAAUGGUGGGGCCUCUGAUGCUGAUCCUAUUGUAUAAGUAGUCAAUGUUUAGGGGCCUUUUGCUGGCCUUUUUGAUUUCCUUAUUAGAAUGCUUAUAGCAAAAGGCUACUUAACGCAUACAUGCCUGAAUUUUUUAGGUCCAAAGCGGGACAUUCCAUAAAAAAUUGUCGGGACAUUUGACCAAAAAGCAGGACACCUAAAACGAUCUAUCAUUCCACCUUUACUGUAGUCAGUAUAGUACUAACAAAAACUCUUGAUACUUUUAUUCAAGACAUAAAACAUCUGAUAUGAAGCAUGAAAUCUAAAACAUAAUAACAGUUUUAUUAAAUAAGACAUUAGCAAACAACGAAGAUAAUAUUCAUCUUUUUAGAGUACAAAAUCUGGAACAUUACGACAACAAUACUCAUUAUAUUACUUUCAAUGGCAAACAUUAACGCAGGGGAGGCUAUCCAGUACACUGAAAGUACGGGUUACAGUAAACUAUUACAAUAACACAAGACCACUUUUACUGUUUGUUGCGAUGUUUUUUUAAGCAUGUAUCCAUGCGCAGUUUGUUACCA